UUGGGGCCCUGCAGUCAGUGCAACCGGGCAUCUCGUUCCAAGCGGGCGGCUCAGAAAAGCUUUUCGCGAAAAAUCACAAAAAAAAAGAGAGAGAGAGUCAGAGGAGAGAGACAUGUCGGUGAACUCGGAUCUGCAGAGGGAGCGGGCGGCGGCCGGUUUGGAGAGCGAGGACUUUGCCCGGUGGUGGGCGGGCGGUGACGCCCACUUGCUGGAGCGGCGAUCGCUGGAGGAGCACUUCUACUCGGAUCCCCGCCUCCAGGAUGCAGUGCAUCCCAGCUGCCUGUCGUACAAGGAGCGCUACGAACAGACCGUGGCCAAGGCCACCCUCUUCCUGGCCAAGCUGCGGGCCUGGCAGAAGGCGAAGCAUCCCCAGAUGUCCCUGGACGUGAAUACCCUGAAGGAUUUCCGUGUCCUGCUGUCGGGUUCUCUAGGAACUGGCAUCUUCCAGCAGAGCUUCCCGCUGCGACUGCACUUCUCCAUGUUCAUGACGACGCUGCUGGGCCAGGGCACCGAGGAGCAGCAGGCCCAGUGGCUGAGCCGGGCCUGGCACAUGGACGGCGUCGUGGGUACCUACGCCCAAACGGAACUGGGCCAUGGCACCUAUAUCCGGGGUCUGGAGACCAGGGCCGACUAUGAUCCGGAGCGGCAGGAGUUCGUCCUGAACACCCCGACCCAGAGCGCCUACAAGUGGUGGCCGGGGGGAUUGGGCAACACCGCCAAUGUGGCCAUCGUCCUGGCCCAGCUCUACAUCCAGGGCAAGCACCACGGCCUCCAGUCGUUUCUGGUGAGGAUUAGGGACGAGAGGACCCACGAACCCCUGCCCGGCAUCGAUGUGGGUGAUAUUGGACCCCGGUUGGGCGGCAAUGGCGUCAAUAAUGGCUUCCUGGGACUGAAGGAUGUCCGGAUACCGAGGAAUCAAAUGAUGAUGAAGAAUGCCCAGGUCCUGCCAGAUGGAACCUUCGUCCAGGGACGUCCCCCCCUCCUCCUGUACGGCACCAUGGUCUAUGUGAGAGUGAUAACCGUUAGGGAUGUCCUGUUCUGUCUCCUCCAAGCGGCCACCAUUGCUACCAGGUACUCCAUUGUGCGCCGCCAGAGCCCCAUCGAUGCGGACAAGCCGGAGGUGUGUGUCCUUGACCACAUCACCCAGCAGGUGAAGAUCCUGCCGCAGAUCGCUCGAGGAGUCUCCUACCGCCUGGUGGCCGACUGGCUGUGGGUCUUCUACGAGCAGGUCCUCCUCCAACUGGAGGCCAAUCCCCCGGCGGGCAACUCCCUGCCAGAACUCCAUGCCCUCAGCUGCUGCCUCAAGGCGGUGGCCACGGACGAGGCCAGCCAGGGCGUGGAUCUGCUCCGAAAGAGCUGUGGCGGACAUGGAUUCCUCUCCUCCGCCAACUUCGAUAGCAUCUAUGGGAUGGCCACCGCCGCCUACACCUACGAGGGCGAGUACACCGUUCUCCUGCUCCAGACGGCCCGGUUCCUGGUCCGUCAGUAUGUGGACAGUUUGAAGCGCAAGGUCCUGCCCUCCAGUGUGUCCUACUUAAGGGACACGGCCCGCCUGGUCUGGGGCAAGGAUCUGGUGAGGAACUGCGUGCGGGCGUUGGAGUACUCCGCUUUGGAGGAGGUGCGUCAGGCCUGGCAGAGCCAGAACAUCCACAGGCGCUCCAAGGUGACCGAUGCGAUGGCCACCAAUCUGGCUGGGAGGCAAAUGACCGCCGCCGCAGUGGCCCAUGGCCAUGCCUUCCUCACCCGCCGGGCACUCGAGGAGCUGAAGAAGGUGCAGGCCACCAAGGGAGUCACCGAGGUGCUCCAGCAGCUGGUGGAGCUCUUCGUCCUGGACACAUUCCUGCGCCAGCUGGGCUCCGUCCUCCGGUGGAACAGCCUCACCGGCACCCAGUUGCGCUUCGUGGAACGGCGCUUCGAAGAACUCCUGGCUGCACUGCGUCCGAAUGCCCUCGCCAUCGUGGAUGGCUUCGAUUUCCAUGAUCGGGUCCUGGGCUCCACUCUGGGCUGCCAUGAUGGGCGGGUCUAUGAGCGCCUCAUGGAGGAGGCGAGGAGGAAUCCCCUCAACCAGGAGCCCGUCAACGUCUCCUUCCGGAGCCACCUCCUGCCCAUGAUGCAGGGCAAGCUCUAAUCUCCCAUUUUAACAUUCUAUUUUAUCCUUUUUUUAAUUUGUUUAAAAAUUAUAUAUUUUUUAUAUUUUAUUUUAAAAAAUUCCUUCUAGCCAGGGGAGUUCGAUUAGUGAUGUUUUCUUAAAUGUUUUUUUGAAAAUUUUGAAAUAUUUUGAAUAAAAUAUAAUAUUUUAAAAGGUU